UCAUAUCCAGUAAUCCACUGUUUACUUCCGCAUUUCUAUUUUCACAAAUUUUGCAAUACUUCAGCAUCGAAUACCAGUCGAGCAGUCACAAGAGACAAAAUUUAAAUUAGUGCAAUUGUUUGAUAAAGACUGCCUACUAUCUAUCAGAAAAGAAGAGGAAAAUCAAUCAUACAGUUUGCCAAAAACUAUUGAACACAAUGGACAAGGACAAAGAGGACCACUUUGUUGCUGCAAUGGUGUUGAGUGGUGUCGGUGAUGCACUUGGUUUUCGCAAUUGCAAGUGGGAAUUUUGCCAUUCUGGUGAAGUGAUCCACAAGGAGGCCGCUGCUUUAGGUGGAGUUGAAAACAUUCAUGUUGCAAAACCUAAAUGGAAAGUAAGUGAUGACACAGUGAUGCAUCUAGCAACAGCUGAAGCAUUGGUGGAUUCAGGACAUAGGCCAGACAAGGAGUACCUCUAUCUUAAGCUGGCUGAGAAGUAUAAAGAAUGUAUGAAUGAUAUGAUAGGACGAUCCCCAGGGCGCUCUUGUACGAACUCAAUGCACUUAAUUGACUAUACAGUUAAAGGUGGUUACCAGAUCCCAUUUGAUACUCGAGGAGGGGGGUGUGGUGCUGCCAUGAGGGCAAUGUGCAUUGGACUACGAUACCCACGACCAGAAGAAAUUGAUGACCUGAUAGCAGUCAGUGUUGAAGCAGGACGAAUGACCCAUCACCACCCAACUGGUUACCUCGGGAGUCUCGCUGCAGCUCUCUUCACAUCUUAUGCAAUUCAAGGUGUGCCAAUCAGAGAGUGGGGUUGUCGACUGAUGAAGGUGUUAGAUAAAGCGUUAGAUUACGUCAGGUCUCAGGGUAGAUUUGUCAAGGAAAAUGAAGCGGCUUGGAGUUAUUUUCAUGACAGAUGGAGGGAGUAUUUGAAGUCGCGGCGUAUUUUCAACGGUGAUGCUGAUCCCGUAUUCCCCAAGAAAUACGGCAUUCAAGAGAGAGAUGACAUGUAUAAGAAGUGGAGUUACAGUGGCUGGGGCGGAGCAAGUGGUCACGAUGCACCAAUGAUAGCGUAUGAUGCAUUACUAGGUUCUGGUAAUAACUGGAAAGAGCUCUGCAGUAGGGGUAUGUUCCACUCUGGUGACAGUGAUAGCACUGGGGUAAUAGCUGCCUGUUGCUUUGGUGCUAUAUAUGGAUUGGAAGGGGUACCAGAGAAAAACCAUCAGGAUCUUGAAUAUAGACAACGUUUAGAAACACUAGGGCGAGAAAUCUACAAAUUAACUAUUCAGGAUGAAUUAGUCUUCGAACCUUUAGCAGGAGCAGUACCUGUAGUCGAGACACCCACAGCAGAAGAUAAAGAGACAAUGCAGCUGUUAGCGGCUGCUCCUGAUGUGCGUGUUCUCCCUAGCCCUGUGCCCAGUCCAGUGGUGUCUCCUGAUGAACCCUACCCAAGUGCUAGCUCAUUAGGAGCUGUGGGUCAGGAUUGAGAUCAUACAUGUAGCACUCCGCUGACCAGUAGGCCUAAAUCCUGGGGAAUUAUUACAAGUGUUGGCCUCGAGGUAGUGCUGGGCAAGAUUUGGUCUGGUUGUGACUGUCUUUACUUUUUCAUAGUGUUGGCUUUUACGGUAGUGACAGGCUAGAAGAAAUGGUAACAUAGGGACUACAAAUGUUACGCCAGAAACAAAGUGAGUCAAAUCGCAAAAUAUGCCAGGCCAAUUGAUUUUAUAAGUCCGUUUCUGCUACAUGAACAUGUAAAUUCUCUCUUUGCUGCUGUGCUUUUCUACCAUGGUUAGAAAGUUAACCACCAUAUAUGUUGUAUUCAAAUGUAAAGCAUUGUAUUGCAUGACAAAAAAUAAUGGUGAUAACGGGUUGUUUACUUUACAAUGUAGUUUCAAAAAUAAUAAUAUCUCUUCCUGCAUGACAGGUGCCAGAUUUACAUGUAUGUUUACCACUGUAUUGCAUAAGCUCUUGGCAAAUCAAGUGCAGGUCAAUCCAAACAUCAACUGUACAUAAAGGGGUGUGUGCAAGAAUUUAUAAACCGCUCGCCCAUAUUUUGCUUAUUUUGAAAAAGUCUACAAAUUUGCACUUUACACCAGGUCACAGUGUUGUUGACAGCGAUGCACAAGCACUGCACUUACCAGGUUCUUCCUCUCAGUCAACGGUUUUUUUUGCAGACAUGGUUAAUAUUUUGAGACCAAUGCAAGAGGUCUCUUGAUGUCAGUCCAUAAAGGACAAUUGGACAAACCAAAUGGUACCAAGAACUCCAUUUUGCCAAAAGUCUGGGUUACCCUGUUUUCAGCCACACCCCUUCAUUUCGUUGCUAAAAGGUUCCGCUUAUCAAGACAUACAUGUUAGCACCAUAGGCACAUAAUGCACAAUGUCAUCUAUAUGUAUGCUUUACAAUGAUCAAGAAGAAUUAUACCUGUAAGAUUCUAUCAGCUGCGAUCUAUUCUUAUUAACAUUUGGGCAGUAUUGUAUAUUUCAUUGUCUAAAAUACAUACACUCAAAGAGAACAA